UCCCGUAAUGCCAGCACCGGCUUUUAGCCAUGGUUUAGCUCGCAGCGGCAAAACAUGCAGGUUUGACCGACGCCAAAAGUCGCUCUCGCUGAUCGCAACAACAUCGGUAAUCAGCUUGAUCGCGGCGUCGUUAAUCGUAGCCGCCGUCAGGGCCCUUCCUGUACAAAUAGGUUGCAAGUUGUGAAAAUGUCGAGCUUGCUUCCGGAGACCGAUAGCGAGGACGAGUUACCAGCGGCCUGGGAGGAGCGCGUUGCGAGCGACGGCUCCGUCUACUAUGCCGACCAUCUGGGCCAGCGCACGCAGUGGACGCACCCGCGAACGGGCAAACGCAAGCGUGUCUCGGCUCAGCUGCCCUUCGGUUGGGAACAAAGCGGCGAUGGCGCCUUCGUGGAGAGAGCUUCGGGACGCCGAAGCCAGACCGACCCGCGGCUCGCUUUCCCCGUCGAGGAAGGCGGCCGUCUGGGGCCCCGCCAGCGUUUCGACGCCAGCUCGACAGCCAUGCAGGUGUUGCAUGGACGAAACCUGGAAGGCCAGACGGCUGUCAUCACUGGUGGCAGCUCGGGCAUUGGCCUCGAGACUGCGCUAACCCUGGCCUUACAUGGUUGCGAUGUGGUCAUUGCGUGUCGCUCGGCUGAUGCUGUGGCCAAAGCCAUAGCCCAGGCCAAAGCCAAGAAGCCCAGCACCAAGUUAUCCUUUCUGCCUCUAGAUUUGGCUUCCCUGCAGUCCGUGCGUGACUUUGCCACGGCCCUUGCCCAGCAGCGGCAACACCUAGACAUGCUCAUCCUCAAUGCUGGCGUGUUUGCAAUUCCACACUCCAUCACUGAAGAUGGCUUUGAACGCACCUUCCAGGUGAAUCAUCUGGGCCAGUUCUACUUGACAAUGUUGCUGGAACCACUCUUAGUUGCUUCUGUGCCUGCACGUGUUGUUGUGCUGUCGUCCGAGAGCCACCGCUUCAGCUUCCUCUCGGCUGCCAACUUGUCUGAAGACCGCCUGUCAAAUCCAACGGGCCGGGGCUUCUAUUCCAUGUUGGUCUACAAUGACACCAAGCUGUGCAACAUGCUGUUUGCGGCCGAACUCGACCGACGGUGGGGUUCGCGAGGCGUGCGUGCCUAUGCCGUGCAUCCAGGAAACAUGAUGUUCACUGGCCUCCCACGCGAGAGUUGGUUGUAUUGGACUCUCUUCUUGCUCGCACGGCCAUUCACCAAGUCUUUGGCACAAGGUGCUGCGACAACUGUGCUUUGUGCCACGGCACCAGAGCUGGCCGAUGCAGGAGGCGCUUACUUCAACAACUGCUGCCAGUGCAGGCCUUCAGCCGCAGCCGAGGAUGAAGUGCUAGCCGGGCUCCUCUGGAAGACGAGCCAAGCUAUGAUCAGCCGAGUACUGCUGCAGGUUGGCGGUGGAAAUGCUGAACAUUCUUUGACAUGAGAAGAACAGACUGUUGGGCUAGUUGAGACUGCAUAACUUGAGGUACUAUAGCACAACAAGGUCCGUAGAGCGACGGAGGAGACGAGCUGUGCCUUCGUCUCCUCUGCCGUCUUUCGUGCCCUGUUGCACUGUACCUCAAGUUGAGUGACACAGUUUCACGAAAAAGAAUUUGAUUUGGUAAAACUUUCAACACUUUUGCAGCAGCUGGCUAAGCUACAAAAUAUAUCUUGAAGAAAACAAAAAGCAAAAGAAGCGUCACAAGGACACUAAGCCAAGAACAGACAGGUGCUCUCCCAACUGAACAUUCAUUUUGAUGUAAACACUGCUGUCUUUAAGGGAAUCACUCAAAACGCAAUACAGUAGUAUACAUGGCACUUGCCGACAUCUAAAACUGGCAUCAGCAUAAUGAGCAGCACUAAUAAUCAAACCCGACUACACUGAAAUCAAAUCCCUCGUUGUGAACAUGUUAGCAGCACAGAAAUGCAUUGGCAGUACCAGGCCCUGCUUGUGUUCUCUCAAGGUGCAGGUGUAACUGAAUGUAGAAGAAAGCAGAUGGCGCCGUCAUGUCCCCACUUCCUUGCAUCUCGUGGUGGACAGAGGCCACCAAAUAGCAGCGCAGGCAGGAGCGUAGCAGCUCCCAGGCCUAAAGACAGCUCAAGAACAUGUGCUCACCUUGCAAGUCAGUUCUUGUAUGUGUCAUCCGCUUUGUUACCAAUGUGGGAAAAAAACCAUAAAUUUGGCACCUUUAAUCUACCA